CUGGAAAUGGGCCAUGUCAGUUUAGCUUGAAUCAACGAAAGCAAAUACAGAGAAAAGAACUGAAAAUUCUUGAGAAAAUGAAAGAUUGAGAGAAAAAGUUUCCAGAUCCAGUGAAGAAGAAAGGAACCUAGAACCUAGAAAAAAUUUGCCAUGACAACUUUGUUGAAUUCAGUUUCAUCUAUAACAAAUUACCCAUCUUCUUCAGAAAUAGCAAGAAAGGCUCAUGGGUUCUUCUCCCAUAUUCCUAAUUUGCAUUCCUUUUCACUCAACAAGGGUUUUACUAAACUUUUGGCAGCCUCCCAAAUGAGUAUUUCUCAAAAAGAUUCUGUUUUUAGUCUACCCAAUUGGAAGUCUGGGAAGAAUAAUGAUCCAAGUAAGGAAAGGUUGAAUGAUGCAUUUUACCAUUUGGAGUAUAUGGUGGGGAAAGGGCAUAAGCCUGAUGUAAUUCAAGCUACUCAGUUACUGUAUGAUUUGUGCAAGGCAAAUAAGCUGAAGAAAGCUAUUAGGGUUAUGGAGAUGAUGGUUAGCUCUGGUAUUAUACCAGAUGCAGCUUCUUAUACUUACUUGGUGAAUCAUUUGUGUAAGAAAGGAAAUGUUGGCCAUGCAAUGCAGUUAGUUGAAAAAAUGGAGGAGUAUGGUUACCCAACAAAUACUGUAACUUAUAAUUCACUGGUUAGAGGUCUUUGUAUGCAUGGAAACUUGAAUCAGAGCUUACAGCUCUUGGAUAAACUGAUGCAUAAAGGUUUAGUCCCAAAUGCUUUUACUUAUUCAUUCUUGCUUGAAGCUGCUUAUAAGGAAAGAGGUGCAAAUGAAGCUAUGAGGCUCUUGGAUGAGAUCAUCCAAAAGGGUGGGAAGCCUAACUUGGUUACUUACAAUGUUCUAUUAACUGGUUUAUGCAAGGAAGGUAGAACAGAUAAGGCAAUUCGCCUAUUCAGGGAUUUACCUUCGAAAGGAUUCAAACCCAAUGUAGUGAGCUACAACAUUUUGCUCAGGAGUUUGUGUUGCGAAGAACGGUGGGAGGAGGCAAAUAUGCUUCUCGCGGAGAUGGAUGGGGAGGAACGUUCACCAUCUAUAGUUACCUACAAUAUAUUGAUCAAUUCACUUGCUCUUCAUGGACGCAUACAGGAUGCUUUACAAGUGUUGGAGGAAAUGACGAGAGCACGAUUUAAGGUCACUACGACUAGCUACAACCCCAUAAUUGCUCGUCUCUGCAAAGAGGGGAAGGUGGAUAUGGUUGUAAAGUGUCUAGACCAAAUGAUUUAUCGACGUUGUAGUCCCAACGAGGGGACUUAUAAUGCUAUUGCUGCACUCUGUGAGCAAGGGAAGGUGCAAGAAGCAUUCUCUGUAAUUCAAAGCCUGGGGAACAAACAAAAAUCUUCGACAAAUGAAUUCUACAAGACUGUUAUUUCAAGCUUAUGUAGAAGAGGGAAUACAUACCCAGCACUUAAACUUUUAUUUGAAAUGACAAGGUAUGGGUUUAUUCCUGAUUCUUCUACUUACUCAGCUUUGAUCAGAGGGCUUUGUCUAGAAGGAAUGCUGAAUGGAGCCAUGCAAAUUUUGAUCAUAAUGGAACAAAGUGGGCAUAGGCCUGAUGUUGAUAAUUUCAAUUCCCUUAUACUUGGAUUGUGUAAAUCCCAGAGAACAGAUUUGUCGCUAGAGGUUUUUGAAACAAUGAUUGAUAAGAGAUAUAUGCCUAACGAAACGACUUAUACGAUUCUGGUUGAAGGGAUAGUGAAUGAAGAUGAAGUUGAGCUAGCUGCAAAAGUUUUAGGAGAGUUGAGAUUGAGGAGAGUUGUGAGUCAACAUGCUGUGGAAAGACUUGUUAUGCAAUAUAACUUGGAAGGUUUACCUACAUAGAAGAACAUGGAUAAAAACCUGCCUUUCUGAGUUUCAUUUACCAUUCAACUCAGAAAUCUUUACUACUAAGAUUGUUGAUGUAAUAUUAUCCUGUGAAUUUGGGUCAACUUAAUUUUAACGUCUUCGAUAUUAUAAUGUAAAAACUUAUAGAUACCAUGUAUAGAAACUCUUUUGUUAUGUCUUAAUACAUUGCACAAUUCUCUUCCA